ACAAGAUAUCAUCAUGGUAUAUAAGCCAGAUUCUAUUGCAACAAGCCAUUGUUACUUCACAAUCAGUCGAAAAGCACAAUGAAGGUCUUUAUCGCCCUCCUCGCUCUGGUAGCCCUGGGAUGCUCAGCUCCUCAACCAAGACACACCUUCCACGAGCAUUAUGAAGAGUUCCUGGACGUCAUCAGAGAGGAGAUUGAGGAGGAGCUUGAACAGUUGAUGGACGAAUACGCACAGUUCGAAGAGUUCAAAGCGGGAAUAGAAUACCUUAUGUCGCCCAGAUUUAGAAACUUGGUUUAUGAAAUGGAAGAUAUACCCGAGUUUAAGGCUAUGGUUGAAUUCCUGGAAACUCACAACAUCGACAUUCUUUACUUCAUCAAUCAAAUCAACGAAGCUGUUGACGAUAUCCAGGAUGCUAGAAGAAGCACUCGCCAAGCGGUAAGCGGUCGUGACAUGUCGGCCUUCAUCCAGGACUCCAUCAAACUGUUCCCUAAGGACAAGCUGGUUGCUCUGUACGAGGAGAAGACCGCCAACUCUGAAAGUUUCAGACUUGCCAUGGAAAGUUUCUGGAGUGAGGAAUGGGACCAGAUCUACGGCGCUCUUUGGCAAAAUGAUGUCUUCCUAAGCGAAGUCCAGGAGCUUAAUGCUAAUGGCAUCGACGUUCAGCUUGUGCUUCUGGAAAUGAGGGCUGUUAUGGGACCAUUUUUACUUCACAAUCAGUCGAAAAACACAAUGAAGAUCUUUAUCGCCCUCCUCGCUCUGGUAGCCCUGGGAUGCUCAGCUCCUCAACCAAGACACACCUUCCACGAGCAUUAUGAAGACUUCCUGAACCUCAUCGGAGAGGAGAUUGAGGAGGAGCUUGAACAGUUGAUGGACGAAUACGCACAGUUCGAAGAGUUCAAAGCGGGAAUAGAAUACCUUACGUCGCCCAGAUUUAGAAACUUGGUUUAUGAAAUGGAAGAUAUACCCGAGUUUAAGGCUAUGGUUGAAUUCCUGGAAACUCACAACAUCGACAUUCUUUACUUCAUCAAUCUAAUCAACGAUAGUUUUGACCUUAUCCAGGAUGCUAGAAGAAGCACUCGUCAAGCGGUAAGCGGUCGUGACAUGUCGGCCUUCAUCCAGGACUCCAUCAAACUGUUCCCUAAGGACAAGCUGGUUGCUCUGUACGAGGAGAAGACCGCCAACUCUGAAAGUUUCAGACUUGCCAUGGAAAGUUUCUGGAGUGAGGAAUGGGACCAGAUCUACGGCGCUCUUUGGCAAAAUGAUGUCUUCCUAAGCGAAGUCCAGGAGCUCAAUGCUAAUGGCAUCGACGUUCAGCUUGUGCUUCUGGAAAUGAGGGCUGUUAUGGGAAUUUUCGAUUGAAAAGUACGAAAGUUUGAAAGAAAAUCAUAAUAUGUAGAACGUCUUGAAGGA